AUGCAGAGCAUCUCCGGAACCGGUGCUUUGCGAAUCGGAUCAGAAUUCCUUGCCAAGUACCAUCCGACAAAGGUGGUCUAUCAGCCCACACCCACAUGGGGAAACCAUGUUCCAGUGUUCAAAUUUGCUGGAGUAGACGUGAAGAACUAUCGCUACUACGACAAGAACACAUGUGGAUUCGACGAGGCAGGAGCUCUUGCCGAUAUCGCUGCUAUUCCUAAAGGAUCGAUCAUUCUUCUUCACGCCUGUGCUCAUAACCCUACUGGAGUCGAUCCCUCUAAGGAACAAUGGAAAAAGAUCUCGGAAAUCUGCAAGAAGAACGAGCUGUUCGUCUUCUUCGAUAUGGCCUACCAAGGAUUCGCGUCAGGAGAUGUCGAUGGUGAUGCCUAUGCUGUGCGUUAUUUCAUCGAACAGGGACACAAUAUCUGCCUUGCUCAGUCAUUUGCCAAGAACAUGGGAUUGUACGGACAACGAGUUGGAGCAUUUUCUAAGGAAGCAGCUCGCGUCGCUUCACAGCUGAAGAUCCUCAUCCGCCCUCUCUACUCUAAUCCACCAAUCCAUGGCGCUCGAAUUGUCACGAAAAUUCUCAACAAUGCAGCUCUGCGUAAGCAAUGGCUUGUCGAUGUGAAAGGUCUGCUGGCCAAGGAGGGAUCUAAACGCAAUUGGCAGCACAUAACUGAUCAAAUUGGAAUGUUCUGCUACACUGGAAUCAAUCCUCAACAGGUAGAAAAGCUGAUCAAGGAGCACUCUGUCUACCUGACCAAGGACGGCCGGAUUUCCGUGGCUGGAAUCUCGUCCAAUAAUAUCGAAUACUUCGCGAAAGCCCUCCAUGAAGUCACUAAAUAG